AUGAUCGAUACCGACAAUCUUCGCACAGCUUCGCUGUAUAUCAAUAACCAGCUUCUAUCAAGAGGCUUGCUUCGCGAUGGCCAGAGCAUUGAUUUCGCCGGCGCGGCCUUUGAUGGCGAUGACUCUGGAGCUACAAUGGGGCGUAUCAUGAGCGUGCUCAAUGAUUUAAUACUCCGACGAGAUCGUGAUGCAGAACAUCGCGAAUCCCUUUCGACGACCAUGCGCACACUUCGCGCCGAUAACCUCAAACACACCAACGAUAUUGCGCGACUUACAGAGAAGCACACAGAAGCAAAGAGAAAGCUCGACAUUGCAGAAGCUUCAGAGUCUUCACUCAAGACACAGAUGAAGUCAGCCGACGCCGCCAUACGCGGUUUAAAAGAAGAAGUCGCUCGCACAAAGGGACUGGUCUCCCAAGCGCGCGCUGCGUGCGCAACCGACGUACGUAGACGAGACCGUCAAAUCGAUACCCUAAAGAAACAACUUGGUGAAGCUGGACGUGCACGAGGGUCGCGAGGUAACCCUGGUGUUAUCUCUAUUACCGUCACAGGCGACGUUGGCGAAGACAAGUCGUCUUCCACACGUGGCGGCAGCAUAUCAGAUGAUGAGUACGACCUGCGUAACGAGACAAAUGCUUUCCUGGCAAACCUAUCACAAAAUCUUAGUGAGGAGAACGAGGCCAUUCUUGUCAUAAUGCGCAAAACCAUGAAGCAGUUGCGGGACAUGAGCGGGUGGAACAACGACAACCAGGAUACCCUUGUUAUUCAACAACAAGGAUGUCAGGACAUGUCUGCGGAGCUGGACUCUGUGCUGGAACACAUGCGAACUAUUCUGACGAACCCUUCGUUCGUACCAAUUGAGGAAGUUAUGGUACGAGAGGAGGAGAUCAGCCGUCUCAAAGAUGGCUGGGUCAAGAUGGAGAGUCGCUGGACCGAAGCAGUCCACCUUAUUGACGGCUGGCGCAAACGCAUGGCUGCCAACGGACGACCCAUCUGUGAUAAGGAACUUCAGAUGGGACUACGUCUUAGCCCUGUGAGAGUGAGAGAUGUGGAGGAGACCAGACACGCAUCUGGCCUGAGACUUUCUGCUGUGGUUGAAGAGUCUGAAGACGAAGAUAUGCACGUUAUGAACUCGCCAUGUCCUUCGCGCUGCUCUCCAAGCGUUCAGCUUGUUCCAGAAUCAGAACCCGAGGAUGAGGGCGGUCGCGAUCAUGAAAGCGAUGUUGAAUCCGACUACGACGACCAAGUGCCAAUUGACGACUACGACAUUGAAGAGCCUAAUGUGCAGAUUCUCCAGCAGUCCACAGCAGCUCCCCUUUACCACCAAGGCCACGAGGCUUCACCACUCCCAAAUCCCCCACAGCUGAGCCCCCUCAAGGAUUCGGCAUCUGCAGGAAACCGAGGGUCUCCACGAUCCAAAAAUCAUGGGAAGAGAGACUUCACCGCCAUCAUGGAGGAGGAUACUCUGGAUGACGAUCCCGUUCCUUUACGGUACAACAACCAUGAGCCUCGCGAUCGUGUCUCGUCAUCCUCUUCCCUUGACGAAGUUCUCCUCAAGUCGCCAGAUGCUGCGCCCCAAGUCCGGGAUGUAAAUAUAGUUACACCCAGACGAAGCCUCCAGCGCAGCACUGAACAACACGAUCACUCCGAAAGCGGUCCGACGUCACCCAACCGAUCCCCUCGUCGGACCGCAUCACGUCUUCCUCUCCCGCGGAACAUCGAACCUGCUCCUCAACAGAGUCCCCUCACUAUGGCCACCAUCGCCGCCAAACUGGCCGCCUCCGAACGUGAGGCCGACGCUGCUCGAGUCCGAGCCAAACUUCGUGCGGUUCGUGGAACUCGUGGAGUUAAGAAACCUACAAUUGCUUCCUCUCAGCCUGAACCACAAGCUGCUGUUGGGCCCCCAGUAAAGGAGCAAGAGCCCAAAAGAAGUGAUCGCGAGAAUGUAGACCCCGUGAAGAGAGAUCCAGCACCAGCUGAUGAACAGUUGAAGCCCGAGAAGCGGCGUCGUGACCGCCGGAUGAGCAAGAGUGCAUCGCGGCGUAGGAGUACAUUGAGUCCGUGGGAGCUUGAAAGUUUGAUGAAUGGAAACGUACAGUAA